AUGCUGACGCGUCUGUUCCGUAUGCAUGGCCUCCUGGUGGCCUCCCACCCAUGGGAGGUGAUCGUUGGCACCGUCACCCUCACCAUCUGUAUGAUGUCCAUGAACAUGUUCACCGGCAAUGACCAGAUCUGUGGCUGGAACUUUGACUGCCCCAAAACAGAGGAGCAAAUUCUGAGCAGCGAUAUCAUCAUCCUGACCAUCACACGCUGCAUCGCCAUUGUCUACAUUUACUUCCAGUUCCAGAACCUGCGACAGCUCGGAUCUAAGUAUAUUCUAGGUAUUGCUGGCCUUUUCACCAUAUUCUCCAGCUUCGUAUUCAGCACAGUGGUUAUUCACUUUCUUGACAAAGAGCUCACUGGCCUCAAUGAGGCUUUGCCCUUCUUCCUGCUCCUCAUCGACCUCUCCAAAGCAUGUGCUCUCGCUAAGUUCGCCUUGAGCUCCAACUCUCAGGAUGAAGUGAGGGACAACAUUGCUCGUGGCAUGGCAGUUCUAGGACCUACCUUCACUCUGGAUGCUGUUGUGGAGUGCUUAGUGAUCGGGGUGGGAACCAUGUCAGGUGUCCGCCAGUUGGAGAUCAUGUGCUGUUUUGGCUGUAUGUCUGUCCUAGCCAACUACUUUGUCUUCAUGACCUUCUUCCCUGCAUGUGUCUCACUGGUGCUGGAGCUGUCCAGAGAGAGUCAAGAGGGCCAUCCUAUCUGGCAGCUGAGCCACUUCUCCAGAGUGAUGGAGGAAGAGGAGGACAACAAACCGAACCCCGUUACCCAGCGAGUCAAGAUGAUCAUGUCCCUGGGUCUGGUUAUGGUUCACGCACACAGCCGGUGGAUCGCUGAGCCCUUGUCCAUCAACACCACAGUGGAUGUCUCCCAGGUUGACAUGGGCCUGGACCACCACUCCCCUAGGAGAAUUGACCCAGAGCAGCCUCUGUGGCAGUUCUACCUGGCCAGGAUGAUAACAAUGGACGUAGAGCAGGUGAUCUGUCUGGGCUUGGCCCUGCUGCUGGCCAUCAAGUACAUAUUCUUUGAGCAGGUUGAGAUGGAGUCCACGCUGUCACUGAAGAACCCCAUCACCAUGUCCUCCCCUGCUCUAGCCCACCGACGCCCCCCUGAGGCUUGCUGCAGGAAGGAGCCGCUGGCCCCUCGACCGUUGACACCGGCCCAGAAUGUGGCUGCCCCGGUCCCGCUGAUCAAGGAAGGGAGAGAUGAGGUGAUCCGACCCCUGCCUACACCAGCCGCUGAACCCCAGCCAAAGGGCAUCUUUGUGGUGGGGGAGGAAGCGGAACAGCUCAAGCCUCAGCCCACGCAGAGCAAGCUCCCCACCCAGCCCAGAGAGCUGGACAGAUGUGUGGCCAUCCUCAAAAAUCCAGAGUUGGGUGCUGGUUUCCUGAGCGACGCUGAGGUGAUGAUGCUGGUCAACUCCAAGCACAUCCCUGCCUAUAAGCUGGAGGCCAUGAUGGAGAGACCAGAGAGAGGAGUAGCCAUACGGAGACAGAUGAUAUCUGCCAAGCUGCCCUCCCCCUCUGCACUCUCCUCGCUGCCAUACACUGACUACGACUACUCCAAGGUAAUGGGAACCUGCUGUGAGAAUGUGAUUGGCUACAUGCCGGUGCCGGUGGGCGUGGCUGGACCGCUGCAUUUGGACGGGAAGCAAUUCCAGGUUCCCAUGGCGACCACGGAGGGAUGCCUGGUGGCAAGCACCAACCGCGGUUGUCGAGCAAUCGCUUUGAGUGGUGGUGCCAGCAGUCGUAUUCUGGCCGAUGGCAUGACAAGAGGUCCUGUUGUGAGGCUGCCCUCGGCGUGUCAGGCUGCGGAGGUCAAGGCCUGGCUGGAGAGCACUGAUGGUUUCCAGGCUAUUAAGGAGGUCUUUGACAACACCAGCAGGUUUGCUCGCCUUCAGAAGUUGCUGAUCGCUCUGGCUGGUAGAAACCUCUAUAUCCGCUUCCAUUCCAGGACGGGAGAUGCCAUGGGGAUGAACAUGAUCUCUAAGGGCACGGAGCAGGCUCUCUCCAGGCUCCAGCAGCAGUUCCCAGAGCUGCAGGUCGUGGCUGUCAGUGGAAACUACUGCACUGACAAGAAACCAGCCGCCAUCAACUGGAUCGAGGGCAGGGGCAAGUCCGCUGUCUGUGAAGCCACCAUCCCUGCUAACGUAGUCAGAGAGGUUUUGAAGACGACGACUGAAGCUUUGGUAGCAGUGAACAUCAACAAGAACCUGGUGGGCUCAGCCAUGGCCGGCAGCAUCGGAGGGUACAACGCACAUGCAGCCAACCUGGUGGCAGCAAUCUACAUCGCCUGUGGACAGGAUCCAGCGCAGUCAGUAGGCAGCAGUAACUGCAUCACCCUGAUGGAGGCAUCAGGGCCGACAGGGGAGGACCUGUACAUCAGCUGCACCAUGCCUUCCAUAGAGCUUGGCACCGUUGGGGGGGGCACCAAUCUGCCCCCACAGCAAGCCUGCCUCCAGAUGCUCGGUGUGCAGGGAGCCAGUCAGGACUGUCCAGGGGAAAACGCUCGACAGCUGGCCAGGGUGGUCUGUGCUACGGUGCUGGCCGGCGAGCUGUCACUGAUGGCUGCUCUGGCUGCUGGCCACCUGGUCAAGAGCCACAUGACACACAACAGAUCCAAGGUGAACUUGCAAGAAGCUCCAGGAACAUGCACCAAGAAAGCCUCCUGAGAUCUGUCUCUCCUGUAGUGGGCCUAUGUCACUGGGAGGACCACCAAACACAUUAAAAGAACAAUAUAAAAGGGAUUUUAUCAUUCAUCAUGGAAAACAGACCUCAUUCAUUACCUAUUCCAAGUGCUUUCAAAGAGACUGAAGAGUAUCUUUCUACCAAUCAGUAUGCUGGAAAUGAAGUGGAUCCAUAAUAUUAGUACGUCUGAUAAAUCAAUCAGACCAUUCCAUGGGAGUAUCCUCACUUUUUUUUUUUUGUAUUUUAUGGAGUUGACUCAUGAGCGCGUAAUUAUUGACUUGCAUAUUUUUUCCACAGUCCAGAAUGUUAUUAGUUCAUUGGGAAACAGACAUUUCUAACUAAAAAGAAUAAUUUUGUUGAAAACACACACUUUUUCCAUUCAUGUUUGAAUGCUUUUUCUUGCCAAAUGGAGCAUUCCAAACAGAGGAAUACUCAAACCCAAAUAGUGAAUGUUUCAUCGUCGAAUGUGCAUGGCUGCACGUGGAAAUUUAAGAAAAAUGCUCAGCAUGGAAGAUAUAUAUUUUGAAUACCAGUCAUUGAAGUGAUUAUGCAUUUUUUUUUCAUAAAGGUGCUUUCUGAGGCUAAAAAGCUUAACUUGCAGACCAUGUUUAUCUCCUAUACAGUAUGUGUGAGGCAACACAGAGAAGAUGAGUAAGGAAACAAGGAUGAGUAAGUUUGGUCUCAAGUGUCUGCACUGACAAAGGUGCAACAUUUAUCAUGUUAACAACAAUAAAUCAUUGCCACAUGAAUUCUGAGACGUCAGUAUAAUUACUGUAAACAGAUGACACCAUCAGUGAGAAGACUGGCAGCUUCUGCAUUGUGUUUUGCAUCAGAUCAGAUUUGGAGGGCAAUCUGCUGGAUUGCUUUAUGGCACAAGGUAGGACGACAGUGCUAAAACAGAGUUAAAACUUUUUUUUUUUAAAUUGGCAACAGUUAUGGAAUUGUUUGCCGUGGUCAUUUGGCUGGUACAAAAUAAAAUAGCGGUUGUGGUUAGUUGCUACAGUAACAACACAUGUAAGUUGGGCCGUGAUGUGUGUCACGCAGUUCAACGGCCACAGUUCUUAGCAACGGCAAUGACGCACUUAAAAAUGGCCACCACUCCGACCGUCCUGCCAUGUUGAUUUGACUAAUAAAGUCCAUUCUGCUCUGAUUCAAGUUCUGUGGUUUAUCCUUUCUAGGGAGUAGGAGGCAGGACGGAGCAACAGGGUUUAUGGCAAAUGUGUUCUUUAUUUAUAAGUCAGGUGUAGGAAAUCAGAGUUAGUAACUGCAUCAUUUACAACCCCGUGUGGUUGAGCCACACCAAGUCAGACAAAACAUGGAAGCCACCACAUUUGGAAUUAUGCUUGCUCUGUCCUAGCACUGAAAACUAACAGUUCACUGUUGGAGCAUCACACCACUGCUGUUGCUGUUGUAGAAGUACAUCUGUUCUUUGGAGUAGCCCUGUUGAUUUGUAUCAGAUCUUUUGGGAACUUGGGAUGUAGAAACCUGGCCUAAGGUCUCAACUAAGACUUCCAAGUUGAGAGGGUUGUUUUUCCUUUUUUUUCCCUAGUGGGAGGUUUGGAAAAUUCUGUGUUAUAAUCACACACAACAUACUAAGACCAGUGGCAUGAUAACGGUUACUACCUGUCUGACCAUGAGCUCAUUACAAGCUACUUGACAAUGAUGUGUUCAUGGUUAAAAUGAUACAUGUGGCAUCUUUCAGUGGCUGCAUGCAAAUUGUUAUUGUGUAACUGAUCUCAUGGAUCAUUGCAAAUAAGGUAUGGAAAAAACAUUCUGUAAUUUGUGGUAGGAGUCUCUUACUACUGUACAAGGGGGUGGCAUAUAUGUAAGUAAAAGUAUGAACACUGAAACUGAAUUUUGAAUAUAUUUUGUAAUAAAUACAAAAGAACUUUUCAA